AUGGCGAGCGCAGCACUGCCGCGGGCAAGCUCGGCCCUGGCGGCCAUGGGGAGCGACGCAGACUACCUCGAGCUCACAAACAAACUCUUGAGGGUCGUAGCGUUGGGUGUUUGGAAGAAGAAAAUUGUGGCCCUCGAGGAUUCCGGAGUUCACAAACAAACUCUUGAGGGUCGUGGCUUCGGUCUUCAGAAAUCGGAUGAUGAAGAUAGGCUCAGCAUGCUGACUGAUGAUGUAUUACUCUCAAUUCUGGAGAGAGUUGACAUAACUACGGCCACAAGGACAAGCGUCUUAUCCACGCGGUGGAAACACCUGCCGUGGUUGCUCCGUGAGCUCACAAUUGAUGUCAGAGAAUUCCUAUCUGUUUCGCCCCCAAACCCCAUUGAAGUUGGGCAUAUGGAGGAAGCAAUGGCUUCCCUAACCAAAGCAGUCAUUAGCUUCUUGGCUACUCCCCGGAGCGAAGCCACCAUCACAAGGCUGCAGUUCAAGCUCUAUCUGGUGAACACUUACUCGGAUGUCAUUGGUCCUCUAGUUAGUCAGGCAACUGAGACUGGGACUCUAGAAGAUUUAGACCUGGCCAUUGUGGACGAGAAGGAGGCAGAUGACUGUUACGAAGAGGAAAUGCGCCAGCAAGCUCGCGCUGUGGACGGCUUCUUCAGUGCCUAUCCUAGUGUGCUCCAUUGUCUCUCGAAACUUGAACUAUACAAUGUUUGUUUUGCUGAAUGGGAUCUGCAUCACCUUUUAUUUGACUGUUGCAAGCAGUUGCAGCAUCUCUCUCUAUGCAACUGUGAUGCAGGGGGGCUCUUGCCUUGGAAGAUACAAGCACUGGAUUCGAAGCUUAGGCUUCUUGAACUUGACUUCUGCUGCUUGGGGAAGCUUGAGGUGCUCUGUCUUCCAAAACUAGAGAAGCUUCGUUGGGAUACUUGGAUGUUUCCACUGACACCCCUGUCAUUUGGUGUUGCCCCAUUCCUUAAGGAAUUGAACCUCAUAUGUGGUGCGACAGUUCAUCAUUAA